AUGGCCUCCUCUGGGGUAGGGUCGUAUUCGAACCCGUUGAAGAAGUUCAAAUUGGUAUUUCUGGGUGAACAAAGCGUUGGAAAAACUUCGUUGAUCACUCGCUUCAUGUACGACUCGUUCGACAACACAUAUCAGGCCACGAUCGGCAUCGACUUUUUGUCCAAGACUAUGUACUUAGAGGAUCGAACGGUUCGCCUCCAACUUUGGGAUACCGCCGGUCAAGAACGAUUCCGCUCCCUGAUCCCCUCUUAUAUCCGUGACUCCAGCGUGGCGGUGGUCGUAUACGAUAUUUCAAAUGCCAAGUCCUUCCAGAACACCCGGAAAUGGAUUGAUGAUGUGCGCGGAGAGCGUGGGAAUGAUGUGAUCAUCGUGUUGGUGGGCAACAAGACCGAUUUGAAUGACAAGCGAGAAGUUACCACCGCACAGGGUGAGGAGGAAGCUAAGAAGAACGGCCUCAUGUUUAUUGAGACCAGCGCCAAGGUCGGACAUAACGUGAAGCAACUGUUCCGAAGAAUUGCCCAGGCUCUACCUGGAAUGGAGGGUGAAGCCAAGCAGGGAGAAAGCACAAUGAUUGAUGUCAACAUCCACCCCAAAGAAACCACCAACAAUGACGGAUGCGCUUGCUAA